AUGACUAUUGAUAGAAAUGCUUAUAAUUAUUUUAAAACAGAAAUACCACAAUUACCUUUAGAUAUGAAGUUUGAUUUAGGUGGGAAAGUUGUUGUUAUUACAGGAGCAUCAUCAGGAAUAGGAUUAGCUUUUAGUGAAAUGUUAUAUUCACGAAAUGCAACUGUAAUUAUGAUUGUGAGAAAUGUUAAAAAAGCUAAAAAAUGUGUAGAAAAUAUUAAAAAAAAAUUUAAAAAUUCUGAGGGAGAUUUAUUAAUAUUUGAAGGUGAUUUAUCAUCUUAUAGUAGUAUUAUUAGAGUUGUAUUUCAAAUAUUAAAAGGAUGUAAAAAAAUUGACUUACUUGUUAAUAAUGCUGGAAUAGGAGCAUUAAAAGAAAAAAGUGUAACAAUAAAAGAAGGAACAGAAUUAGUAAUGGCAUCAAAUUAUUUUGGACAUUUUCUUUUAACUAUUAAUUUACUACCGCUUUUACGAUAUAGUAAAGGAAAAGUUAUCUCAAUAACAAGUUUUGCAUAUGAUAUGUAUGACUUAGAUGAUGAUUUUUGUCAACGUAAAAAAAAAUAUAAUGGAUGGAAAGCAUAUUCAAAUUCAAAAGCUUGUCAAAUUAUAAUGACAAAUAAAUUGUCACAAUUAAUUCAUUUCACAGAAUGUUCAUUUAUUGCUGUUUCACCAGGAAUUGUUAAUACACCAAUUAGUGAAACAUUUUCAAAUAAUUUGAUGGGAAAGUCAAUUAAUUUUGUAUUAGCUCCUAUAAAAAACUUUUUUUGCAAAACAUUUUUACUUAGUCCUGAAAAAGCAUGUGAUCAAAUUAUGUCUUUAGCAUUUUUUGCUCCAAAAAAAAUUUUUCAUGGUGCAUAUGUUUCACAGAGGCGUAUUAUUCAAACAAAUUUUAAAAAAAAAUUAGAAAAUAAAAUUUGGAUAGAAACUUUUCGUGAAUUACUUAUGAAUACACAAAUAGAAUCAAGAAGACUUUUAAGAGGUCCUAUGACAAAUGAUGAAUCAAUUUUAUUUAUUAAAAGACAUCCUGAAAUAUAUCUUGCAUACUUAGAAGUAGAUGAUUUAAAUUUUUGGGAAAAAACUGUUAUUUUACCAAAUGAAGAAGAUCUUUUUAUUUGGUUAAAUGAAUCAACAGAUGAACAAUAUUUAAAAGAAUUUGAAUAUACUGAAAGUAAUGAUGAAUUUAAUGAUACUAAUUCUAACUAUAGUUCACUUGAAUCAGAAUGGGAUAAUAAUUAUGAAAAUAUAUAUGAUUCAUUAAAUUUAUAUAACUAUCCUAUGAAUAUAGAAUAUUAUUUAAAAGACUGUAGUGAAAUAAAUAGUAAUAGUAAAUUUAAUGAAGAAAAUAAAAAUCACUUUAUUGAGAAUACUUCUAAUGCUAUAAUUGAACAAACUAAAAAUAAUGAUACGUUAUCUAAAAAUGGAAAUAAAAAUGCUUGCCUAAUGGAAAAUGAAAUUAAAUUAAAUUCACAACAAUCAAAUAAUAAUAUUAAAAGUUUUGAUAGUACCAGUUCUACUGAAUUUGAUGCAAACAAUGAUGUAACAAGAGAUGAAAUAAAAGAAUUUAAUAACAAAAAAUAUUUUUUAAAUAACACAAAAGACGAUACUUAUGAAGAAUUAAUAAAUAAAAGGCAAAAUAAUGGUUUUAAAAAAUCUUUUAAAAAAAGAGGUUCAUUCAUCAAACGACUAAUAGGAAAUAAAAAAGAAUUAAUGAAAGAAACGGAUAGGUGUAUUGAUAACAUUGAAUGUGAUGUUAUUAAAUCGUCUGAUGAUCAUAUUAAUGAUAUCAUACUCAAUGAUAAUGAUGGAUUAUCUUGGUCUGAAAGUUUAAAUGGCAAUGUUUUAAAUAUCGAUUCUUCUUCUUUUAUUGAAAAUGCCAAUUUUAAUGAACAAGAACAUUCUAAAAGAGAACAUCUUAAUGAGGAAGUAAUAAGUAAUUAUGAUAAUAGUAAAAUUACUACUGAUAAUGUAAUAUUAAAUAAAAAAAAUGAAGACCGUGUUCUAUUAAAUAGUUUAAAAAGAUACUCAUCAUCUCAUAAAAUGGUCAGUGAUAAAAAGAAAAAUUUAAUUAACAAUAAUAUAUUAACUAAUUUAAAUGAAAUAGAUGAUUGUAAAAUUAGUAAUGGUUCAUUUGAAUAUUCUUUAAAAAAUUUCUACAAUAUUAAUACUAACAAUAAAAAAGAAAUAAAAUUUUACAAAAAAUUAUGUAGAGAUGGAAUAUAUACAGAGGAUAAUUUUAACAAAUUUUUUAUAAUUAACUUUAAAAAUAAAAUAUUUGAUUUUAUUAAGAGUGCAAUAGAAACAAUUACAGUAGAAAAUAUUAAUGAUUUUGUAACUAUGGAAAGAAUAUUAAGAAAAAAUGGUUUUAGGUAUAAUGUUACCUCAUUAAAUGAAAAUAUUUGUGGCGUUAAUGAAAGAUCAGGAAAUAUUUUAUUAUCCAUGAUAUUUAAAAAUUAUCAUGAAAAAAUAAAAAAUAUUUCAAAUAAACAUAUUUAUGAUAAUAAAUUUCCUAGUACUGUUAAUAAUUUAAAAGAUAUUGAAGAAGAUAAAGCAUUAAAUACGUUACCAUCGGAACCAGAAUUAAUUGUCUAUUUAAAUUUAGAUGAUGAUGAAGGUUUAAAUCUAGGGUAUUGUGAUUCAUUUUCACCUAAUGGAAUAGAAUAUGAAUAUGAAGAUAUUAGUUCUGGUAACUGUUAUGUAAGAAAAACUGAUGAAAAUGAUAGUAUUUAUAAAGCAAAAUAUGAUAUGAAAUUAUUUUUAAUAUAUAAAGUUUAUAAAAAAAUACCAUUAAAUAAAAAAUUUGAUUCAAAAAAGAAUACAUCCCAGAAUGGUAAUGAAUAUGAAGGAGAUAAAAAAAUAAAGUUACAAGAAAGAAAUAAUGAAGUAAAUAAUUUUGAAGAUGGUAUAUUAGAAUGGAUGAAUACAGCUGAUUAUAAAAAUAAAUAUCUUUUUAAUGAUGAAGAUGAACAUUUAACAGAUAAAGAAGAAGACGAAUUUUUAAAGAUGAUUAAAAAUAAAAAAGAAGAUAUAGGUAUUACAAAAUAUAACAUUACGGAAGCUGGUAAAGAAGAAGAUAUAAAGAGAAAAAAAAGAAUUUCUUUUAAAGAUAAUAUUCUUAAAAAGUCUAAUUUUAUAGCUUCUAUUUAUAAUUUUCAUAAAAAGAAUAACGACAAUGGAAAAAUAUAUAUUGAAAAUAUAUAA